GUGAAGGCAAACAAACAUGGAGUAGAACGAACAGGAGCAGUGACAGCAAUGUAAUCUUUACAAGCUUAACAAACCAGUUCCGAAAAGUAAUUUUCGUCAAGAACUAGGGUUUCAUUGAAAGGAUUUAACUACUUGGUGAAAAUGGGCGAAAACCAGCCAAAGAGCUCCGCCGCGCCAGUGAGGCGAAGAAUACGUUUAAAUACUAAAAAACAGCACAAUGAAGAUGAAUUCAUGGCAGCUGCCAUAGGAGACACCGAGUGGCUGAGGCAGAGUAUCCGAGAAUCAAGAGGAGAAAUACAUUACGACAAAAAUGGCUUAGCACCAAUCCACUUGGCUUCUAUCCAUGGAAGGUUGGAUUGCAUUAAGCUUCUAGUAGAAAAAUUCAAAGUUGAUGUGAAUCUUCCAAGCACAACAGGCUGGAGACCCAUUCACCUGUGUAUCAGCAACCAGACAGGGAAGCGGUCAUUUGCCUGCCUUGUCUACCUUCUAGAACAUGAUGCUGACCCCAACAUCACCAAUGAUGACGGUGUAACACCAGUUCAUCAGGCAGCAAGUGAAGGGCAUGUUCAAUGUUUAAAGCUGCUGAUUGAGAUAGGGGCUACCAUUGAUGGGAUGGACUGUAGGGGACACACCCCUAUUGUGCUGGCCAAACUUUGGGGGCACAGAAAAAGUGCUAGGAUUCUGGCAGCUGAACAGUGGAGCAGAGACAAAGAUCACGUAGCCAAAGAAAUGAACCAGCUGAAGAAGGUGAAAAUGCUGCAGGUUUUGCAGGAGAUGGAAGAAGAAGAUGUGCACAAAGCAGAGCAAAAAUUUUAUGGUGAUGCAGCUUUCAAAAACUGGCUGGGAGAAAAAGGGUUGAAAACAACUCCAGCCAAACCACAACUGACUCAGAAGGAAAAACAAGAUCAAGCAAAGAAAGCAGCAGCAAAGGCACUAGCUCAGAAAGAACAAUCUAGAACAAAAAGUCAAAAAUCAGACAUUCGUGAAGAGGCAGAAUGGAGACAGCAGUCGAGAGAACACACUAGGGAGUCUCUCUUUAAAGCAAAUAGCAGGACACAAACCAGUAGGCAUAUGGAUACAUUCCCUAUAGCUGAAGUUGAGCAGAAUGGGAAUAUUUCUCCCAAAAAGGUUCAGAUCAUCACCAAAGAAGACGUCACUGGGUCUCCACUUCCCCCAACCAGGGAAAGCACAAAGCGUUUAAAGACUGCCUCUACAGACACUUCAUGGGGAUAUAAUUUGCACGAGUCUCAGGCCCCAGGGUAUGAAAUCAGAGAAUCCACACAACACACAGACACUGAGAAAAAGGAGAUUCUGGCAGCUGAACAGUGGAGCAGAGACAAAGAUCACGUAGCCAAAGAAAUGAACCAGCUGAAGAAGGUGAAAAUGCUGCAGGUUUUGCAGGAGAUGGAAGAAGAAGAUGUGCACAAAGCAGAGCAAAAGUUUUAUGGUGAUGCAGCUUUCAAAAACUGGCUGGGAGAAAAAGGGUUGAAAACAACUCCAGCCAAACCAAAGCUGACUCAGAAGGAAAAACAAGAUCAAGCAAAGAAAGCAGCAGCAAAGGCACUAGCUCAGAAAGAGCAAUCUAGAACAAAAAGUCAAAAAUCAGACAUUCGUGAAGAGGCAGAAUGGAGACAGCAGUCGAGAGAACACACUAGGGAGUCUCUCUUUAAGGCAAAUAGCAGGACACUAAACAGUAGGCCUAUGGAUACAUUCCCUAUCGCUGAAGUUGAGCAGAAUGGGUAUAUCUCUCCCAAAAAGGUUCAGAUCAUCACCAAAGAAGAUGUCACUGGGUCUCCACUUCCACCAACCAGGGAAAGCACAAAGCGUUUAAAGACUGCCUCUACAGACACUUCAUGGGGAUAUAAUUUGCACGAGUCUCAGGCCCCAGGGUAUGAAACCAGAGAAUCCACACAACACACAGACACUGAGAAAAAGGAGUCUUUUUAUAAUCCUCUUGCAUGGAAUAAAUCAACAAAGACCCCUGUACCUGAACAUGUAUCUCGCCUUAGGGAUGCAUACCCAAGAGACUUUUAUACCAUGAUGCCCCACAAGGAUGCAGCUCCCAAAGAGCUUAAUAUCCGACAAGGUCCUGUUGUAGAGUUAGAUGAGAAGUCAGGACUGAAAAGUGUCCGAAUGCCAGACUUACCAAGGGAUGUUAUCAUGAAAGCAUUAGCUAAAGACCCAUUAAAGUAUGAGAGACCAGUCCUGUAUAGAUGUAAGAACAUUAUUGAUGCUCAGACUAAGAAAAAAUACACACCAGAUAAUUCUCCAAGUAGAAGUGAAGCUGGCAUUCACUUGUCAGAUGACCUGAGGUCACAUUUGGUCCAGUCAGGAUUGGAGAGGGCAGUUGCUGAGGACCUAAUGAGAACCUUCAGCGCUGGGAGGUCAGGGUUGUCCAGCACCACUGACAGUGAAGUGGAACGGAUGGUGCAGACAAUGAAAAGAAUGGCCAAACCAUCCCACUUUCCUAACACAGGUGGUGAAGAGUACGAUAUAAACUUUGGAAAUUUGACUUGUAUUUAAGAGCAUAGUGAUUGUUUUAUGCUACCAGUUUAUUGCAUUUAAAAAUCAAGACUUAGAAAACAGUUAAUAUGAAUUUUUUAAAAAACAUUUUUGCAUGACUAAGAGGUUUCAGAAGAGAAAGUGCCAACUGCCCGUUUUUGCAAAUCAAGGGAAUGUCACCAAAACAUUAAAUAAGUAGGUUCACAUUUGAAUAUCUCAUGUACUAUAAUGUUUGUGCCAAAUGUAUUGUGGCUUAUUAGUUCUGCUGACAAUAUAUUUUAUAGAAAUAACCUUCUGUAAAGGGUUUGCAAACUUAUGCUUCAGUUACUAGUACUUAUUCAAAGCCAUGAAUCAGCAAAAUAGAACUCCCAUGAAAUGAUAGCUCUUUGAGUGGUACAGUCAAGUAUAUGUUCAUUUGCAGCAAAAGUGGCAAAUAAUUAACAUUGUAAAUUUUUUAAUAUGCCAAUGGUUUGUGCUCUACAAGCAACUUAAACAAGUGAAAUCCUUUCUUUUUGUACUUUUAUUUGCCCAUUUUAUAUUAAACUUACUCCAAUAUCAAAACUGACAGGUUCAGUUGCUAAAAGAAACAUACACAUCAGGUCACCCUUACAUGUGUUUGUAUUGAAGCACAUUUAUUUCAUGUAAAAAAUGAAACUUUUUCUAGGAUAAACUCAGAAAAUGUCACAAAAUAUUGCAUGAGCUAAUCUUUAUCUGCUUUUCAACAAGGCAAAUUUAUCUAAUUAUGGCAAAAGCUUCUGAAAUACAAGUAUAGCAGAUAUGCUUCAAAUAUA